AUUUAUCGAUCGAUGACCAACUCUUAGAAGGCAUUUAACAUUUACACCCAAAAAAAAAACUCUUAGAAGGCCGAAAGGUUAUUGAUUAUUACAUAUACUUUUUCACAACUAUAAAUACGGAGAUCACAAUAGGACUCAUCACCCAAUAAUAUAACUAAUCUAGUAAAUAGACAAAGAAAACAACAUGGCUGAUUCUAAGAUGAAGCUCCACUGUGGCUUUAUCUGGGGUAAUUCGGCAGCUCUCUUUUGUAUCAAUGAGAAAGGUCUUGACUUUGAGCUUGUCUUCGUAGAUUGGCUUGCUGGUGAAGCCAAAACCAAAACUUUUCUCUCUACUCUCAACCCAUUUGGUGAAGUCCCGGUUCUUGAAGAUGGAGAUCUCAAACUUUUCGAACCAAAGGCGAUCACGCGAUACCUAGCCGAGCAAUACAAAGACGUUGGAACAAAUCUAUUACCAGAUGAUCCCAAAAAGAGAGCAAUCAUGUCGAUGUGGAUGGAAGUAGAUAGCAAUCAAUUUCUUCCUAUAGCAUCAACACUCAUCAAAGAACUCAUCAUCAAUCCAUAUCAAGGUUUAGCCACAGACGAUACAGCAGUUCAAGAGAACAAAGAAAAGUUAUCAGAGGUUCUGAACAUCUACGAGACUCGUUUAGGCGAGUCUCCUUACUUGGCUGGUGAAAGCUUCAGUUUAGCGGAUCUGCAUCAUCUUGCGCCGAUUGAUUACUUGUUGAACACGGACGAAGAAGAGUUGAAAAACUUGAUCUAUUCACGUCCCAAUGUAGCGGCAUGGGUCGAGAAAAUGAAAAUGAGGCCAGCUUGGCUGAAAACAGUAGUCAUGAAAAAUCACAUCGUUGACUUGAUGAAGCAGCGUCGUUUGCCUAUAAAGUUAGAUUCAUCGUGUCAUGAGUCAACCGUUGUGGCUCAAAAAAAUGCGAUCGCCAUUGAGAACAAGUAAGCAAGCACGGCCGAGUCAUUAUGCAUGGUCUAUUGUAUGGGUCGUCCAUUUGUAACAGUAAUUGGUUGAAGUCAUUUGUGUUUUUAUUUUGUUGUUAUCCAAAAAGGUCAUUUCGUUAUGUGCUUGUAUCAAAAUAAUGCAACAUUAUGUGAUUUAAUUAAGUUUUUAUUCAUGUAUCAUCUGGGAAAUCAUAUAUGUACCUUUUGUCAAAUAAAUUUACUAAGGGUAUGAAUUUAUAU